UGGUCAUAUAAAAAGUCAGUUAUAGAUUAGAAUUUGAUACGCAAUAACCAUAUAAUUCAACUCGCAAAGGGACUUGUGCUCAUUGUUAACCAAUUGAGUCAUCAACCAUUGAAAGAAACCAUUCUUAUAUUCAUAAUUUUUGUUUGUUUGUUGUUUUUUUUUUUUGUGAAAAAAUAAAAUUGAUGAAAAACAUUGAAUUGAUACGAUUGAAUAGUUGAAAAAACAUUCUUACGAUUGGAUUGAAAAGUUGAUAUUAAAACCAAUCGCGAAUAAAAUAAAAUCAAGGAAAAAAUGUCAUUGCAACGAAUUGCAAUAAUUUCGGCAGUUAGCUCACAUGGUAUAAUGCGAAAUCGUACCGUAUACUAUGAACGACAACAAAACGAAACGAAUUUCGAUCGAGGAAUCAAUCUGCAACAACAUUUCAACGUUUUUAUUGGGGGCGCUUUUCUAUCAUUCGCCAUUACAUUGUUGUGUGUUGUGUGCUACUGCUUCAACAAGAUUAUUAACAAAAAUUCAAUGGCACUUUACCGUCGACAUUUAAUGGAGGCAGCGAAUAAUCAAAACGUUGACAUUUACACCGUUGAACAGUUUUAUGAAACGGAAGCAUUUGCACCGUUGUGUGACACACAAUCAGCUCAAAGUGUUUUACCGCCAUCGUACGAUGAUGUUAUGGCCGCCGAAAAAGCGAUUUUAAAUAAAUACGCAAAAAUGUGCACAUCCACCAAAUGCUGCGAACACUCCCAAUUGAAUCGAUCAAAUGCAGACCGUUCUUCAACCGAUGAUGGCACAAACAUAAAUGACAACAUUGCCGAAAAUUCAACAGCAACCGGCAACGAUGGCAAACCAGAUGCGAAUAAUCAAACAACGGAUGGAAACGCUUACGAUGAUAAUGGCAAUGAAAUCACCAGUUACCAAGGAUCAAUGUCGUCGAUAUGCUGCGUUUUAGAUCAUGCCAACGAUGAAAAUACUUGCCGCGCGCAAAAGGUCUGUAGUUGUGUCGACAAUUGUUCGGUGCAUUGCAAUAAUAUUAGCAGCGAGACGAUGGAUACAAACGCAAAUCCAUCUACUCAAGAAGAGGAAAAUGGCAACAACUCUGCCACUUCAACUGAUGAGAAUAACACUCUGGACGCCAACAACAAUGCAGAAAGGUUGGAAAUGCAUUCGGGCAGAUGUCAAUGCACUCAUCAACGUCACAGAGAUUCGCCCGUUGAAUUCAAUGUUCUCAGUGACAAUGGCAUUGUUCGCAUGGAUAUGAGCAAAAUCAUUGACAGAACUGGUUUGCCUACAUACGAUGCAGCAAUCAAAUUAGAAUCAUUCGGAUAUGUAUAAUAAAAUAUCAAAUAACACGAGAUUAAAAAAAAAAAAAUUCAAAUAUUACGGGCAUAACAUCAGCUUUAAAACAACUACAAAAAAUACUCCCAGUUUUAAAAUGUAGUUGCAUAUCAAAUUUGACGAAUUGUGGCACAAUGCCCGAUAAUUGUGCCUUAGUAUUUGUAGUUAGAAUUAUAUUAUCCUUUUUAGACUGUGAAAUAUCUCUGCUAUUCCAGAGAUUUGUAUUCGGACAUCUUACAAUGAUAUGGUUAGACAUGCUUGUUUUUUCAAUGGCUUACAGCACACCAAGAUAUCUACAAACGCAUACCGAUAGUACAGUGUGUUAGUUUGUCUUACAAUAAUUAUUACACAUAUAGCUAUUCGAAAACGAAUCUCUGUUAUACAUAUUAGGGCACAUUAUUGUUGUUUUUUCUUUGUAUCACAUUUUAAGCAGUACAACAAAUGAAUGUGUCGUUUGAAUAUCCGUAAAAUCACAUGUCUAAAUAUUUUUGAAAAAAACUUUUAACGACUGAUGCAAUUUGCACGAUUUGAAUGACAGUCUAUGAGAUGCUAUUUCCUUUUGCUUUCAUUCUGAUCGUUCCGGAAACUGUACAUUUUUCGCCGAUUUGAGCAUGUUAAUUUAUAUCCGACACUUGUCAUAUGGCAUUCAAUUUGGUAAACAAGCAAUAUUUUGUACCACAAUUCACUAACGGAGGUGGAAGUAGCUUAUGAUUUAUUUACAUUCUAAAUUACAUACAUCAUAAUUUUAAAACUAUUCAAAAUGUGUUCGUUCUGAAUAUUUGCAGAGCAGUAUGUCAGCUAUCUGAAUACCGAUGAUAUUCGCAGACGCUGGUGCUCUAGAAGACAAGCAUGUCGAAUACAAGCCAGAGACUCAAAAUUGAAGAGCGGACAAAAGAGAAUGAAAAUAAAAACACAUUCAUACUGCAGGCUGUUGACUUUUGUACUGCGCAAUGCUGAGUACCGGCAUCUGAGAGCGCAUAUCAGCGCAUAUUCAGAUAGCUAAUAGUACUACCUCUUAAUUUUUGUAAAAACAUUAUUGUUUUCAUCAAUUUUUUGUUUUAAGAACUUAACUCACUGCUUACUCAUAUCUUGCUUCAAACGUGCUAGCUUUCACGUUGCACCGGUGAAACACCGUUUUAUUUGAGUGAUUGAGAAUAAAAAUAAAUGUUCAAAGUGUCACACAGCUAGCGCCACGACGGAAUUCCGUGUGAUCUAUACUAAGUUGCCGCAAACUAGUGAAAAGAUUUUUCUUCAGUUACAAACAACUGACUAGAACUCUAUAGUUGCCCGUAGUGGCGCUAGCUAUGCCACAGAUUUUCAUUUUAUACAACAUAAGUUGAUCAAAGUUAAUUGGUUUUCAUACAAAGGAGAUGCCUACAGACGGCAUUUUCUUAGAACUUGCACUGAGACGACUAGACCACUAGAUGGCAUUGUCUUUCGAUUUAAAAUAUAUUGAGUUGACUAUACAUUUUAAAUGACACGAAAUAGCGUGCUUUGGGACAUUUCGAUUUUGUGACGUCAGAAAUUUGGCUCUUCAACGUGUUAUUGCCAAUGUAGAGUUCAAUUUUUGUAUUUUAGUGGUCUACAUUUAGAGUUCCACUGUAAAGCGAUAAAUUGUUCUUUUCCCAAAAUUGAAACGUACGUCCUAGCUCGUGUUAUUUCAAAUGAAUAGUCAAUAAAAUGUCUGAAUUAUUCAGUACAAGUUUUCGAUUCUAAAAUAAACAGAGGCUGUUUAGACCGUGAUUUUAGCAGCUCCUUCUCGGCUAUUUUGGGACGUUUGUUGUCUGAAUGCAAAAUUGACUAUAAUCGAUUUGGAUUCGUCCUAUUUUGUUCGAAGCAAUUGCAUGCGACGGUCAAAAUGGCUCAAAUUAACCGACUAUAUAGUAUAUACACCGGUACAUAUGUUCUGAUAAGGCAUAGUGAAGAGUGCCCUUGGCCAAACUGUUAAAUUGAUUCCUUAUCACAAAUGUGCUUAUCAAUUUCAAAACGGUGUUUUUGUUUAAUUGCAUAGAAAAAUUCGACCAAUUCAGGUAAAAUACCUUAAUCUUAUCUCAUAAUAUAUAUAUUUGUCCGUAAUUUUACAUUCAAUUGAUCAAACUUUGUAAAAAAAAUAUCAUAUUAAUAAUAUGUUUGUAAAAUGCUGAUAUAGCGCGUUAGUUAAAGUAUGUUUAAAAUUCAAAAUAUAUGUAAUCACAGUAAUGAGAUCAUCGAAACAAUUUUUUUAAAUAUUACAAUUUUGGCAAAUUCUUUAGUUUUUCAAACAAACCAAAUACAUAUUCGUGAAAAAUGACAAAGAAUUUAAAAUGCAAUAUGAGAUGGGAAAUCUCUCGUAAGAAGACUUGAGCAACAUUUUUAUACAGUUUGGGCUUGUCAGAUUUUGUUCCUCUCUGAGACUUUUUGAAUGCAGCCAUAAAUUGAGUUUUUGAGUGAAAAUUCAGAAAAAAAUCAAAUUAUGGUAUUAACGAAAAAAAAUUCCAGAGAGAAAUAAAAUUGAACAAGCUUAAUCCCAGAUUGUCUUCAGACAUCAAAACAAAUUUGUCGCACACUAAAAAAUGAUAUGUAUUUAAUAAAUUUCUACAAUCUUACAUUUAUGUUUCUUACGUCUAAAGAAUUUUAUUUUGAAUUUUUAUUCCGGUUUAUCGCAAACUUGAAAGUGUCAGAAUAAAAAAAUCAAAGAAUUUCCCAAAAUCAAGAUUAAAUUAGCGAUAUAAAUGUUUUUUUUAUGUUUUCAAUUUGAUUUUCAACAAUAAUUUACUGUGAUUGAGAUCUAUUGAGAAUAUUCUGAGAAACACAAAGACACACAAAAAUUCAUGAAAACACUGGAUAUAAAGUUAACUAAAGUUUAAAAAAAAUAGUUUUAAGUGGAUGUUUAGAUUAGCAGCUAAUUUAAAAGUAUUU